AUGCAGCCCAAGCCGUCUCCACCUGAGCCUGGUUGGUACUUCCGACAGAGGAUGUUCCUGUGGGCACCAAUGAGGAUGUGGGGCAUUCCUCUUAAGUGCCCACAAUGUGGCCGGAAGAUGCACCAUUCUGGUAUCUACCCAAAGGUCAGGGAGGUGAUCGACAUGGAUAGCCGCUACUACCUGGUGGGUGGGGACUAUCCGCGUUGCAGUGCAUGCAAGUUGCCUGUAUGCCCAUGGAGCCAGGAUGUCCUUUCACAACUGGAUGUGGCACACAGGACCCUGUUUCCAGCAGUACUGACCACUCAGCUAGCCCUGGACAGGAAAUGUGUGACCUUCCUCAGGCCAAGGACGAGCGGCAACAGUUCCUCUUACUUCCAGUCAGCAGUAGAGGAAGUCCACAGUGAGGAGUGGGCACGACGGACCAUCCAGUACCUUUCUGACUGUGAGCAUCAUUUGAGAAAGGUUGCCCUGGUCCAAUCUGCAGCGACACCUGCCUUUUCUGCACCUGCACCCUUCAAGCCACUUCCACUCGCCCAGUGGUUUGAGACUGUCCACUCCAAUGACAUCCUCAGCCAUCUGGACGAGAUGAAGGGGGUGAUUACCUCCACCUAUGGCCGAAUCCUGAAGAUGGAUUCUACAAAGAAGAUCACCAAAAAGUUGGCUGGUGGCAUUGGGGACACGGCUGCUUGGAUGACCAACAUUGGGAAUGAGCUCGGCCAGGUUCUGAAUAGUGUUCUGACAACAGCUGAAGGCGCAGGACUGGAGGAGCUGUGCCAGGGUGUUGUGAAACGCUACCAGAAUGCCGGCGAGCCAGAGCCUGAGGUCAUCUAUGUUGACCGGGAUUGCUGCAGUCAAUCAGGUGCACCUGCGGUGCUAAAACUUUUUCGGCCAUGGAAGUCUAUUAUAAGGCUAGAUAUUUUCCAUUUUAUGAGAAGAUUCAACUGUGGCCUUACUACAGAGCACCACCCUCUCUAUGGUACCUUUUGUUCAAAACUUUCCUCCUGUAUCUUUGAAUGGGAUCAGGAGGAUGUGAAAGAACUUAAGGCGGCCAAGAGAGGGGAGUGGAAGAGCAGCCAUGGUGGACAGACUCCCACUGAGGCACAGCUCAUGGCCAGCAUCAGCCCAGGUGAACUGGCGAAGCACUGUAGGCGGCGGACGCGCAAGGCUGAGGAGAUCCGAGCCAUGAUUUCAGGGCUGCUGGAAUCAGUGUGGGAGCUAUCUGACACUACAGGGCUUCGCCUGGUUAACCCUGACAGCAUGCACCAUGUUUGGGAGAUGCAACAAAAACACCUCGAGUGCAUCCAGGACCCUCCACAUGUAGAGUUGUACACAAAGACGGGGACACUCCAGAAGGGUGGAAAAGUCCUAAACGUGCUUAGGUGUGGCAGGGGAUCAUCAUCACUGGAGAGUUUUCACCGUCACCAGUGUGCCUUCAUUCCUGGAUGGAGAUGCAAUGCCAUGCACACACAAAUGUACAUGUUGGAGGGGGCCUCGAGGUGGAACAUGAGCCGGGCAAAAGAAGCUGUAUCUGUGGUGGGGGCCUCAACCCUCAGGACAUUUGAUGUCUGCUUAAUGUCUCAUUUAAACAACCUGAGCCAACGGGUCCUUGGUUGCAAUUUGAUGCCAGAAUUCACUCAUCCAGGAAAACCCACUGGGGAGCGCAUUGCAGUGGAGUACUUGUUGGCCCAGUCCAAUAGAGGUGACCAGUUGAUUGCACACCAGAAUGACAUGCCUGAAGUCCCCCCCAGAGGAGCCCGAAGAUGA